GUAGGGUGCCUGUCAAACAUUUGUGGAUUGAAUUAAAGUGAACGUUUGUGAAUAAUAAUGCCGCCGAAAACAAGUGGGAAGGCAGCCAAAAAGGCUGGUAAGGCUCAGAAAAACAUUACCAAGAAUGACAAGAAGAAGAAGCGCAAGAGGAAGGAAAGCUACGCUAUAUACAUUUACAAAGUGCUCAAGCAGGUCCACCCUGACACCGGCAUUUCGUCAAAGGCGAUGAGCAUAAUGAACAGCUUUGUUAACGACAUUUUCGAGCGUAUUGCUGCCGAGGCCUCCCGUUUGGCUCACUACAACAAACGCUCCACUAUUACCAGUCGGGAAAUCCAAACCGCAGUACGUCUUUUGCUGCCCGGUGAAUUGGCCAAGCACGCUGUCAGUGAGGGAACAAAAGCAGUUACAAAGUACACCAGCUCCAAGUAAAAUUCAGCUAGAUGUGCAUUGUACGGGAAGCAAACAAAAGCAAAAGGCCCUUUUCA